UAAUACAGUUUAUGUAAUGUGCACAGCAAAAUCCAUAAGUCACAUUCCCAUACAUUUAAUUUAAGACCUUUCUACCUGAGCCAAAUAAAGAGCUUACCGCGUCUGCGCGAAACGGCCAUUGUCAAAUCCACAUAACCUUACAACGUAAACUCAAUAAUGCUGAGAAUUUUGUUUAUCGUGUAAAUAAAUUCGAAUAAAAACGUCAAAAAUUAUAAAUAACAAAAAUUACGUGUUGUUUCUUCAAAAAUUAUAUGAAGUUUGUGUUAUUAUUGUGUUAAAAAUAACAAAGCAACGGAGGGAAAAAAUAUAAAAGACGAAUCUAUGGAAUUUAAAUAAAAAGGAAUUGAUAAAGUUAUUAAAUUAUUUUGUGCAAAGUGUUGAAAUGUUUAAAAGAUAUUGUGAAUGUAAAAUGAGCAUUGUUGUUAUAAUGUAAAAGGGGUCAUUGUUCUUUACGCACGGUUAGCUUGGGGUGUAAAUAUCGAUUUUAUAGAAAAGGCGCGCAAUUUGAAACUUCACGGUGGAAUUUCGAACGCGGUCGCUUGUGCAUAAAUCCAUAAAUAAAAAAAGUAAAAACGUGACAUGGCGGGAAAUAGGACUUUAUGAUUUCGUGAAUUUGUUUUUAGUGUAAUUUCGUUGUUCGUGUUAAAAGUUUUGUUGAAUAAAAUGGUUGAGUGUUUGAUUUGUUUGUGAUGCAAGCGUGCGGUGUUAUGCAAGUGGUACAAUACCAGGUUUCUGCGCCGCGAUCUACAGUUGCCGCUGAUGUGCCCCAACACUAUGUGCCGCCGCCACCGUAUUUUGCAUCAGUCGGCUGCAACGGCAAUGACGGUACCUGCCGUCGGCGCAAGUACGCGUGGUGGUGCGUGGGCUGCGGCGCGCUGGCGGCGGCGCUGGGCGGGCUGCUGGCUGCCCAGCAUAUACUGCUGCGGGCGUACACAGCGUCCCCGCAGCAUCUGGAGACUGUGCCCGCCGCUGUACCGGCUGCUAUGUUGGUGCUAACCGGCGUGUGCAUCAUGAGCCUGGCGCGCCGCCGGAACAGAUACAGCUAUAUGGUAAGAAAAAUCAAGGUGGUGGGAGCUUGCUGCCUGGUCUGCGCUCUAACGUGUGUCCUCGUCACCAUCACCACCACCGUUAUACAUAUGAACAAACUGCAAACGCUGAAGUUCUGCGAGUACACGAAGCUGACUCGAACCUGCACUUGUUUCUCAAUGCCUCCGGACACGCAGCAUAGUUCAGCUGAUGACGAAGGAGUACGCUGCGUAUUCGAAGGCGUGUCGGAGUGCGGCGUGGUGCACGGCGCGCUGUACUGGUGUCUCCGCGGCGUGUUCGCGUUGUCCGUCAGCGCAGUGCUCGUCUGCAUCUUCAGCUGCAUGCUGGCUUACCAGUUGCUCAGCCAUGAGCGUAAGAAGAUGUAUUGGGAGCAACUGGAGCUGCGUUGUAGAUCUCUGUACCGACCUUCUGCGGGACAGGCCGCGCCGUCUGCAGGGAGACAAGUUCAGAGUAACUGCAGUUGUUGUGCGCAGUGCCACCCGACGCAACCAGCGUGGGACAUAAGUCUACAGCACAGAUUCUGGGCGCCAGGUCGUAUAGGUAACCUGUACUCUCCUAACCCCGGUACAGGCAGGAAGACGUCAGCGUGGAGCUGGUUCCCGUGGCCUAGGAGUAAUAGUCAGAAUUCCCGCUGCAGAAUGGGCGUACCCCAAUCAGGAGACAGCGCCUACGGAUUUUGCGAAACGGAAGCUGCGCAAACGCAGCAAACGCAAGGAUAUGACGAUAGAUACCCCCACUCCUUCAACCAGACUCCGUUCAAUAGAGCGCAGACUUCGGGCACGUUCGCGCAAGGAACCAGCUUUGCGCAAGUACAAGGGAACUUUGCGCAGGGCUCUGGGAAUUUUGUACAGGGCCAAGCCAACUUCCCCCAAGCCAGUUUCUCCCAGGAAGGGUUCGGUGAGGCCAGCGGGAGCUUCGACGCUGCUACCGGAGUAUGGGGACCCCCGCCGCCUUACAGUCCGCAGGGACGGAGCGGGAGCAGGCACCACCUCCACCACCAAGACCCCGCAGCGGCCACCCUCCUCCAUCACCACCACAUGGAACACCGCACCAACAUCCACGAACAUCCAUCCAACAUCCAACCACAUACAUGCGCCAGAAACAGCUACCUAAUGCAUCAAAACCUACCCCCAACCGAACUAAGCCGAAUAAACCCCGACUUAAACCGAAUAAACCCGGAAUUGGCUCGCAUGAACCCAGAAUUGGCUCGAAUAAACCCAGAAUUGGCGGAAUUUGCUCGAAUAAAUCCGGAUUUGGCUCGAAUAAAUCCAGAAUUGGCUCGAAUGAAUCCGGAAUUGGCUCAUAUGGGGCAGAUGUAUCCGCAAGAUAUAGCGGAAAUGGCUCGUUUACAGGCGGAAUUGGCCCAUAUGCCGCCUGAAGCGAGGUUUAACACGCUAAGGGGCCACUUAGUACCAUAUAGGUGUCAGAGGUUGGGUAUGAGCGCUAGUAACUUGCAUAGAGAUUGCAGGAUCGACGAUAACGUCGCUAUUGAGUGCUUGCAUCAGAAAUCUGCGAGUAAAGUUUCAGAUCAAAGCUCCGACUCGUGUCAGAAGCAAGGAAAAGAAAACUUGGGCUUCCAGAAUGAUAAGCAUUCUCCGAUCAGGUCGUCAAUGCAAGACUGUCGCGCCGCCAACCAGAAUGCGGAGUCGGAGGUAUACUUCGCAGACGUGUCGAGCUGUUGCAAUGUGUCUGUUAAAGCUGAAUGCUGCAUGAACGCCAACGUAUCAGCUCUAGUAGGUACCAUAGAAAACCAUCCAGAAUCCACAUCAGAGUCUGACACAGGAUCCUUCACCCUCACGCGACAGCAGCGCCCCCAACCGCAAGUCGGAUCCAAACGGAGACCGCGACAAAGCGAGAAACACAUCAAAAACCAAGAAAAAAUGAGACAAGUACUUAAUAACUCUAUAAGAUUGACCGAACAUCAAAUUGAACAGCUCAACAAUUCCAUGAGAAUGAACGAAAGAAUGGAACGCGAACGAAUGAAUGAGACCAGGUUGAGUGAACGCAUGAAUGAUUCCAGGGACCGAUUGAAUGACAGAGAUCGCUUGGAACGCAUGAAUGACUGUAGAAUCAGUGACCGAAUGAACGAAACGAGGUUAAGUGAGCGAAUGAAUGAUUCUAGAGAUAGGUUGAAUGAAGGAAGGGUGUGUGAACGUGAACGAAUGGAGAGGUUGAAUGAUACGCGUAUAAGCGACAGAAUGAAUGAAACAAGGUUGAGUGAGCGAAUGAACGAAACGAGAAUGAGUGAACGUAUGAACGAUUCAAGAGACAGAUUAAAUGACUCACGGAACUGUGAGGUAAUAGAUCCAAGAAUAGAAAGAAUGAAUGAUUCCAGAAUCAGCGACCGAAUGAACGAAACUAGACUAAGUGAACGUAUGAACGAUUCGCGCGUUUGCGAGCGUAUGAACGAAGCGAGAAUGGAAAGAAUGAACGAUUCUAAACUAAGUGACAGGAGCGACACUCGUCAUAGCGACCGAAUGAACGACUCUCGUCUUGAACGAAUGAACGACUCCCGCCUUGAACGAAUGAGUGAACUAAACUCAAGCAUUCGUAUCGACGGUAGUCCGAAAAUGCGUACACACAUAAGUCCUUUACGUAUACCUAGAUCUAGUCCUAAGAACGUGCCUAAAGAUCAUCCUAGGCAGUCUAGUUCAGACUCGAAUAAGCCAGAUUUUAGGCAGAUAUCGCCUUUAUCUCCUAAUACGGAGGAGUCAUUGUUGUCUGACGAUGAUAGGCCUCAGGACCAGGUUUAUUCGAAUGACCCGGAGACCUCUAAGUGUUUAGGUCCUGAUUCUCAAUAUGAACCUGUGAGGGAGGCUAAGGAAGAAAUCUUGAAGACCAAUCACCAUCAUUGUUAUAGUGAUACCAAUACUAUGGACUCUGGAUGGCAAAGCGGGUCCGAGAAACAGGUAACUGAUUGAUCCUGGAUUUAAAAAUUUCGCCUUUUUUAACAAUGAAAUGAAAUUCGUCGUAUAAAGAAACUUAAUUGCUGUUUUCACCAACCACUGAAUUAAGUCUUAAGUAAGUAAAAGUUAAACCCUUGUAUUUUCUUCGUUUUAUAAAUACAAACGUUGCCUCACAUUAGGAUUUUCUCCAGUGUCGUGGUUGCUUUUACAAACAUACAUUUCCUAUUGGAUUACUCUGAGAAGAAAUGCCGCAACAAACUCAGAGGCCAUAGUCACUUUAAGUCCAGACAAUAUCAAUUAAAGAUGUCGGAGAACCGUGCAAGUUGAUUCUGUAGUGGUAUUUUGAGGAAAGAACCACAACAGCUUAAGCUUAAGAGUUCCUUAAAAUUUAGGACAUGGUUGGUGAAAUCAGGCAUAAUUUUCUUUAGUGUUUCCAACAUUUAAUAGAUAUUGUUCAGUAAAAAUAGGGUUUUGAUAUAAACAUAGUGAUUCGAUUGUCCCCUUGUAAAGUGUUCCGCGUGCUGUGUUUAAUUAAUAGUGGGUUUUAUAACUAAAUCGUUCAUUACAUUCAAUCGUUCAUUUCAUUGAGAAAAUAUUAAAGUAAUCUGUAAUAUAAAAAUAAGUCGGGUUUUCCUUCCUGAUGCUAUAACUCCAGAAUGCACGAACCGAUUUCCACGGUUUUGCAUUCAUUGGAAAGGUCUCGGGCUCCGUGAGGUUUAUAGCAAAGAAAAUUCAGGAAAAAUUCAAGAGAAAAGCAGGAAAACAGGGAAAUUCAUUGGUAGCGAAACGGAGUUCACCUGGUUUGCUAGUUAUUGUAAAAAAUAUUUUCCCUUGAGCCAAAUUAAAUUAAAUAAUACUAUAAAAUCUUAACUCACUAAACUUUUGCGUAAAUAAUUCAUUGAAUGCGUUCAUUUAGUUCGUUCAUCGUUCACCGUUCAUUCACCCAACUUUUUAUUGAACAUCCAUUCAUUAACUACCAUUCACUCUUUCAUUCAUUCCAUUCAAUUAAUUAUUUACGUCAAGAGUGAACUUGCCAAUUUUCCGAAUUUGACAUAAUAUUAUUAAUUUCGAUUUAAUAAUAAAUUAUGUAAAAUAAAUAAUAAUUGUAAUGUAGUCGAUGUGUUUUAAUGCUCUCUAUAAUAUUGAGAUUAUUAUUUUAAUUUUUAAAUUGGAUAAAAAUUAAAUAAAAACGAAUUUGUAGGUCGCGUAGAAAUGUAUAAUUAUUGUAUAAAGGACUUUCUUUAUACAACUAUUUAAUUGUGAAGUAUAAUUAUUAUAUUUAAAUUGUGAAAAUUCGUUUAUAAAUUCAGAAAAUGUUCUCAUAAAGCGGUUUGCGUAAAACACUUAAAUCAACAUUUAUUUGCUUUCAUAAUAAAAUUUCCCCUAUUACAUGGGACUUAUAACACAAAUGGUGGAAAGUGGAUGUACAUUGUAUAGCGACAUUACGUGCCGUAAUGUGCACCUCUGCCUACCCCUUCGGGGAUAAAAAGCGUGACGUUGAAUAUUAGUUAUUGUCUUUUUACUAAAUCAAUCUUUAUUUUCUUACCUGAAUACUAAAUAACUUACUGAAUAAAUUUAAAUAAAAGACAUAGUCAAGAAUCAAAUCCUAUACCUCUGACUAGGUAAUUAUUUACUUAUUCAUUAUUUUGUUAUAUAUCUAAAUCUAUCCGUCCACCCAUUCUGUUUAUAUUUCCAUUCAUUCAUUAUCCCAUUCACGUAUUCGUAUUUUAUAAGUAGAUACUGAAUGUUUGUCGAUUUUGAAAAGGCCAAAAUACUUGCCAAUUUACUGUGAAAUGAAAUGACAGAAAAAAUUGUGAAUGAACUUGAAUUCUAUUAUAACUUUCGUGAGACAUACUAAAUUAAUUAUUAUGUUAUCGGCUUACUCACGUAACUGUUUGACGAGGAUCUCGACUAGUUUCAAGCCAUAAGUAGCAGCGCGACAAUUGCCGCGUCGUGUGUCGCGGAAUGCUGCUCAUGAAUAUGAGCCUCUAGCAUGGCUUGAAACUAGUCGAGUUCCUCGUCAAACAGUUACGUGAGUAAGCCGAUAACAUAAUAAUGAAAUUGAAUUCAUUCAAUCAUUCGUUCUUUUGAACAUAUUUACUUUAGUAACUCGUGUAUUUUAAUAGCCUAAACUUAGGCUAUUAUUUUCCUGAUAGUUGAUGUAUAAAAAACGUAUUAUCUUUUUAAUCCAGAAACAAAUUAAUGUUGCCAUACAAUGAUUUCUUUCUUUAUAUUUUUAUUAAAAAUCCAUUUAUAAGAGCAAUAAUUUCUUAUGUUCUUUUUAUUGUAAAUAUUUUUUAUACAAAUAAUAAAUUAGUUUUUUAAUCAUAAGUAUUUUGUAGAUUAACUUUUUCUGUAUUAUUGUAUACAGGGUGUGGUAAUAUUUUAAUGUGAUUUUUAACUAGGGUCGUUUAUGUCUUGUAGAAAGAAUGUAUGAAAAUAAAUAACUAUAUAAAAUCUCAUGCAUUUCUGUUAGUUUGUAUGUUUAGAAUGUUUGCAUUAAAAUAUUAUUACACUUGUAAGUAGUAACUAGUUGUCACUGUAAUGCCAUUAUGGAAUUGUUUUAAUAUUAUUAUUCUUGUGUAAAGGACAGUUUGAGCGAAAUUUUCAUGUUAUGACAAAAUUCUUUAUUCAAUAUUUACUUAAGAAUUUGUUACAAUUGCCGAUUUUUCCUGCUUUUUUUAAAUAUAUGUAUAUUCAAAUACGAAAACCUAUAACACAAGAUUUAGCUCACUCUGUAUAAAACAUUGUCUACAACUCGAACAUCCUGUGUAUAUUCGUUAUACUAGUAUUUUAAGUACGUUGGAAUUUGCAUUAGUUAUUAUAUUUAAGUUAUUUUUUAACUAAACUGAAAUAAAAAUCAGUAUUUUUUUAAACUGUACUGUGAAAGAAAUUAUAUUGUAUUUUCUUAUUUGUCAACUGUGACCACAUAAACUCAUAAAAAAUUGUAUAUUUUUUCCAUUAUGUUUGGUGCGCAGUGCAUAUAUGUUACGUGCGUAGACGUGGCGACGUCGCGUAGCCUACUGUUACAAUUAAUUUACGUGAGCCAAUCGUGAUUUUAUUUAUUCAAUUUCAAUAUUAAUUUCUUUCACAAUUCUACACUACAUGACCUUUUUGUGUAAUAAACAUGUUACAAUAAGAUUAUUUGACUCAAAUCGGCAUCUUAAAACUUGAAACCUAUUUUUACUUCGACAAGGAACGAAUGAUAUUCUAAACUAUGCAAAUGAUACUAUGAACAAUAAAAUAAAUGUGUUUCCUAAAAAUCUAUUUUGAAAUGUGUCUCAAAAUAGUAGAAUUAUGUAAAAAAUCCUACAUUUUGAUUAUAAAACGGCUAGUUUUACAGUUCCUGUAUACAUAAUAUUAUUAUGACAAUUGCAAUUUUAGUUUACUAAUAUUUUAAUAAUAACUAUCGUGAGACAUACUAAAUUAACUAAAAAAAAUCACGGUUUACUCACGUACAUUAAUGGAGAAAAGCUCUACUAGUUUCGAAUCACAGAGGGACUCUUCAUCAUGACAAUGUCCUGAAGUCUACCUACCUAAGCUGCGAGACGUCGCCACGUCUGCUAAACCGUGAUUUUUCAGUUAAUUUAUUAAUAUUUUGGACAUUUUUUGAGGGUUGAAAAUCAUCCAAUGACUUCUCCCACCUUGGUUGAAGCAAAGAGAGUGUCAGACUCUUACUGACUAAAAACCACCCCGUUCCUACUCCUGCGAGCCGGAGCUCCGGUAACCCGUUACGUAGUCCGUGACUCCGGAAUCCUUUUAGCUAUGUUAAUAAUUUUAGCCUGGCAAUGUGACAAAAUUAUGACUGAACGAACUAAAGUUUGAUUUCACCAUUCAUUCAUUCAAUCUUUCGUUCGUUCUUUUGAACAAAUUCAAUUGUUACAUAACAACUAUGAGUAAACGAAUUGAAGUUUGAUUUCACCAUUCAUUCAUUCAUUCUUUCGUUCGUUCUUUUGAACAUAUUUCAUAAUAAUAAAAGCUAUAAAACUAGCCGUAAAAUCUAUGUAUUAUUAUUAUAUUAUGAACUAUUUUUAUUAAUAAUGUACGAAAUAUAGUUGUGAUUUCAUUAAAUAAUUGAUAAUUAUUACGUGAUUAGAUAUUAUUAUUAAUUAUUGUAUGUAAUGUAAUAAGGUUAUGUUUCAUUACUAUGUACCUAUAUUGUUAGAUUGAUUUAAUGAUAACGGUUCUAUUAAAAGACUGAAAUCUGAA